AUGGCCCAUACUCACCCCCAGGGCGCCGGCUGGCAUUCACAUGAUGGCUUCUCGGCACAGGAACACGGCCAUUCGCAUGAGAUUCUGGACGGGCCCGGAAGCUACAUCGGCCGAGAAAUGCCCAUAGUACAAGGGAGAAAUUGGUCUGAUCGGGCCUUUACCAUUGGCAUCGGAGGACCUGUUGGAUCAGGCAAGACAGCCCUCAUGUUGGCGCUGUGUCUGGCCCUCCGGUCAAAGUACUCCCUCGCUGCUGUUACAAACGACAUCUUCACGCGCGAAGAUGCCGAGUUUCUUACUCGCCACGCCGCCCUCCCGCCCGAGCGCAUCAGGGCCAUCGAAACCGGCGGUUGCCCUCACGCCGCCGUCCGGGAGGACAUUUCGGCCAACCUGGCUGCUCUGGAGGAUCUCCAUGCCAAGUUCUCCCCCGACCUGCUGCUCAUCGAGUCCGGCGGCGACAACUUGGCCGCGAAUUAUUCUCGCGAGCUGGCCGACUUCAUCGUCUACGUGAUUGACGUCAGUGGCGGCGACAAGGUGCCUCGCAAGGGAGGACCGGGAAUCACGCAGAGCGACUUGCUCGUGGUCAACAAGACCGACCUGGCCGAGGCUGUGGGUGCCGAUCUCGGGGUCAUGGAGAGGGACGCCCGCAAGAUGAGAGAAGGUGGACCGACGGUUUUCGCGCAGGUCAAGAAGGAUGUGGGUGUGGACCACAUUGUGAAUCUGAUCUUGAGUGCUUGGAAGGCAAGUGGUGCCGAGCAAGAGAGAGUGAAGCAAGGAGGCCCGAAACCUACGCCAGGUUUGGACACUCUGGAGAGGAAAUAG